AUGAAGAAGGACGAGGAUGUCCGAAUGGUCGCGGCUGAAUCACCUGUUUUGCUUGUUAAGGCAUGUGAGUUGUUCAUUCAAGAACUCACCCUUCGUUCCUGGCUUAACGCUCAAGAAAACCAUCGACGUAUUCUGAAGAAGGAUGACGUCACUGAUGUGAUUAUGCAGACUGCCAAUUUGGAUUUCCUUGUUGAUGAUGCUAUUGACGGCUCCACACCUAAUGUUGUGCCGUUCAAUGUUCUGAUGUUUAGUAUUCAUCUUGUGGUUAUUGCUAUCUCUGAUCAACAAGCAACAGUAUUGAUGAGUCCUCAUAACUUUGAGGACAACCCUUAUCUUUCUUUUCAGUUUCAGACAGUUGGAGUUAGCAAGGGGUUUGUCCUAGCAACUCAUAUUAGUAAAGGCUUUUAG